CGCCGCCACCACACCAUGUUGACAAGCCACAUCAAACCUCUCUUCCCUCUAGAGUUUCCAGAUGGCUAUCCGCUGCAAUGUUCUUCUGUUGGGAAGCCUUCUUCUGCUUUGCGCAGAAAGUUUUGGUUCUAUGUCCACGAGUGGCUGUUGAAGCCACUUUCAGGCUGGUACGUUCGUCUUUGUGGCGUUCCUGCGGAGCCCGCCAUAUACCCACUUCCUUUCGGCCUCAUCCUCAAGAGUCACCAUCGCGUUCGUGAGCAGGAGGGCCUUGCCAUGAACCUCGCACGCGCUAUGGGUGUUCCUGCUCCCAGGUUUCUCUCAUUCGGCUCUAUUGACGAUCCCAGUGUCUUCCCGUCCCUACUCAUGACCCGAGUCCCUGGAAUGGAGCUGGAAUAUCUGACCGACGACCAAGUUGACUUUGACGUGCUGAAAGAUGACCUAAUCAAGAUCCUUACCUCCAUGCGCAGCUUCGCUAGCCCAUGGGGCGACGCCGUCUGUGGCGUAGAUGGCGGACCUCUCACUGGACCUCUCAUGCCCGCAUCGCCGCUCCCUCCUUCAGCGAAUGAAGCAGGGUUUCAGCAGGCUAUCAGGGAUGUAGCAGCCAUGACCUUUACUAGCAAAGAGCAAAUCUUCCAGCGUGCCGUCGUUGCCACCGAACGGUUUUUCUCCCUCCCUACUCAUGCUAUCGUCUUCACCCACGGUGAUCUUAAUCGCCACAACAUCAUGGUCGGCGUCGAUGGUCACAUCUCCGGUAUCAUUGAUUGGGAGGCGGCUGGCUGGCUUCCAGAUUACUGGGAGGUCAGCGUGAUAGCCUUCUUGCCAGGUCGUACAUGGGGCCAAUUUAUGCAUAAAAAAGUCACUGCCGGUGUCUACGCGGCGGAAAUCAUGGGUCAUAGUGAGAUGUUCGGCCUCAUCUCGGGUACAUUACGCUGGUGAUGACCGCCAUCUUCUUACUAACGAGCUCAAAGUAACUUUCGUCACUUUGAGUUGGGAUAGUCGUUCAGGUCUUUCAUGUGCGUUCUCUUUUUAUGGACCAGAACUACGGGUGGGCAAACCGAGCUGGAUAUGUUGUUACGCGGUUCCCCGUUGUCACCCUUGGAAGUUACUAGUUGAAUGAUUCAUCAUACGUAUCGGAUAUCCAACGUCGCUAUUCGCACGACAUCGACUACAAGCGCCACAC